UGUGUCAUUUUUAGCCGGGUGGCGUUGGCAGCGGUGCCAGGGCGAGGGAGUUGGGAGCAGGAGGAGGCGCAGCAGCGGCCGCCAGACGUGCCCAGUAGUGUGGUGUCCGGAGUCAAGCGUGUGCUUCCUGAGCAGUGAUCCUCGCCCCGCAGCCUGGGAUGUGCUGGUGCAAGUGUAGUGUUAGUAAGAGCACUGAGAGCACCCGUGAGCAGUGGUGGGCCACAGUGAAGAGUGGUACCAGUAGUGUGUGCUAGUGUAGUGGUGUGUGAGAGGUGCCCUCACACCAGGCACCGGUGAUGGCGCGCCCGUGGCGCCCCGGCUAUUAUGGUUGAGAAUGUGCGCGGCCAGUGCGGGCGUGCGGCGGUGACCAGGGUCGCCAGUAGUCGUGUGGAGUUGCGUGCGUGCCGUGUGCGUGCGUGCCGCGGCGUACACGUGGUGGGCGUAAGUUCGUGCGCCGCGCCCGCGCCCUGUCCCGCACACUAUGGACUGUGUGUCCCUGUGGUAGUCAAUAUUACGGAUCCAGCAAAUGGACUAGGAACUGUCCAGCCCGAUAAAGAGGCCAUUUUGAAAAUAGUGGCAGCCAACCGUAAGAAGUUUGCAGCCAAGAGAAGUGCAGAGUCAGGAGGGGAGGAAGUAAAGAAACAGUCGGUACAGGUGCAGCACCUGUCCUCAUCGCCGGCAGCCACCCCCUCGCCCCCGCCUGGUCAGCAGCGGCAGCACCAGCAAAAGGAGGCCCAACCCCUAGGGGUUCAUGUAGAACGUAUAGCGCGUGCCGUACAGCGGUGGGCGCAAGGCUUAGAUAAAGAGGAGAAGGAAGAUCAUUUCCAGAAGGAAGAUCGCCAAUACGAGAAGUUAGUGGGCACGCUGGCCGAGCUGGCUGCAGAGAAGCGGGCAGGGCGCGUGGCCCCUGGCCCGGAGCCGCCCAAGGGCGCGCCACGUCAUCAUGAGGCAGUUCAACUGUUUUCUGAACUCAUGCAGACCGACGACGUCUCCACUAUAGCGGCACAGAUCGCUAAUCAAGCCGAACUUAUCUACCAGACGUGGAAGACAACCGGCCUGAACCCCAGCGAGCUUAUCCGGUACCACAGCGUUACCUCAGAGGGCAGCCUGUUCGACAGGGGCGAGCAGGCUGCUGUGGGAGAGCCAAGCUCCGCCGGGUCGCUUUCAGUCACAGUCAAGCCACGCACACCCGCCAGGAGCAUCAGUCCCGCCCCGCCCGGCUCCUCACCAGCAGUACCUAGGAAGCUAUUGGAACCCUCACUCCACAACGGCAGGCCCCACGCCGCCUCUCCUGUCCGUACCCUCAACACCUCCCCGCGUCCCUACGUCCCCCCGGGCUCCUCACCCCAGUCGCCCGGUGUCCAGCAACAGCAGCCUCUGUAUCCCAACAAUAACGUUGCUCAGUCAGCCCCACAGUCUCCCCGUCAGGCUUACUCCUCGCCUACAUCUCCCUUGCUGACACAAGUUAGCCCACGACCCUACAUAGCCCCCGCGGCUCCCCAGUCUCCUCGGGGUACUCUUACCCAGCCACCGCCGCCCCCGGAGAGGUCCUCUUCUUACUCUGGGGUUGAUCCUUCUCAGCAGCAGCAGGAUAGUUCCCUUGAAUUCCUAGCAGAUCCUGAUUUAGAAGCGUCUCUGCAAGAACUGGUCAACUCUUUUGUGCUAGAGGAUAAGGCGCGUCACCACGCCGCAGCGGUCGCCGCCCUGGCUUCGCAACGUCCAAAAAGCGCGCCCUCGUCCAUCCAGGAGGCGCUCCAGAGGUUUGAGCGACAAAUGGCCAUAACUUCUCGUGCGGCCGCUCACGCUGCUGAUCACCUCACCGGCCCCCCAUCUACAGUGUCUUCACCCAACACUAUGGGCACCAUGGGACGGUUUACUCAACAGCAGAUGGUCAAUAUGGCCAGCAGUGGUAUGAGUAUGAGCAAUGCCAAUGUAAGUAGCCCAAGCAGUAACGCUAAUGUCAGCCCAGCUGGCAGACGUUAUGGUGGAGCGAGAAGCGACUCCUCAGUGUCGACGGAGUGGUCGCGAAUGCAGACUGAACACGAAAACCGAAGCCGUCGUUCCGCUUCUCCCAACCCACCGGUGUCUCAGCCAGGCUGGAACGAAGGACCUGCACCUAACACCUCUACCUGGCCACUGAAAAAUAAACAACCAACUAUCGUUGAGAGAAAAUCAAAACAAAGUCAUGCUUCUUCCUCACACGUCUCCUCGUCUACUUCAACAUCCUCCUCAUACUCGUCUUCUACCAGUAGUACUUCAACUUCCACCAAUUACAUCACGACCCUGGAGGCGCGGGUGGAAAGCUCUGGGAGCCAAAAGUACUCGGGAGUGCCGCUUCGCCAUAAAGUUGUGACCAUGGCUGCCGUCGACCAGGAAGAAGAACGCCUCAUGCACGCCCUGCGAACCGGCACACUUAUUGAUGACGGCGACCACUUAAGACCCAUUGGUCAGGUGCGGCCCAUGUCUGCACCUUCCCUCCCCGCUUCGCUCCCUGUUAACAACACUAUCAUCACCAGCGGCACCAACAAUAGUACCGCACCACACUCUGAGACCACCGAGCUGCCUGCUCAGAGCAGGAGACCUAAGUAUUCCAUCAGUGUAACCGUGGAUGUUGACAAGCCGACAGAAGUCCACCAACAGCGGGUCCAACAACAACAACAACAACAGGGACAACAACAAAAGAUGCAGCUCCAGCCACAGAUGCAGCAGCAGCAACAGUCACAACAAAAUAUACAACACCAAAUACAGCAGCAACAAGCACAACAGAAUAUCUUAAGGCAACAAAUGCAACACCAAGAAAUGCAACAGACCAUCAUCAGGCAGGCAUCAGGCGGAGGCAGUCCACGAGAUUCUCCUGGACGUGUGGUGGGCAAGGCAGUAGAAGGAGACAUGUCGGUGGUGGACUUUGCUAAGGUGCGAUACCAGGAGUCUCAGCAACACCCACACUCCUCGCAGCGGCUGGACGACUACCGCAACAUCUCCUGUAAACAGAUCGUUAACGGGGACGGCCGCGUCAUGAUGGCACGGACCCGUUUUGAGAACGGCAGCACUUCAUUAUCAGACUCCAUGUGGAGGGGGACUCAUGGUAUCCACGCGGAUGAAGUGGGUUCCACUUUGCCUGAGUUUUACCGACGUAAGUUGCGUAAGAUGAGGAAAGCAGGGUCACCGGAGCCGUUGGUAGCGGGCAGUAUUUCGACUCUGCCUCACCCCGAGCUGACUGACCAACAAAAGGCUCACAUCAGAGAGAGGUCUCAGUCUCCUACCACCGGGUAUAACAGCGCCGGGGUGGCCAUCAGACCCUUCCUCACUCAGGGCAGCGUGGCUGAGCGGGUCCUCAUCUUCGAGCGCGCCCCAGCAGAGAUGAAGCCCAAGCCUGGAGCGCCCACUACAGCCAUCCAGGAGAAGCGCCGUCCAGCUAUCUCCACCUGGCGUGACCCUGAUGAGGUUCGCUCCCUUGCCCAGUUUUGGAACAUCCUGAGCUUUUUGGGGGCGUUAGACGAUUUCACGGAUGGCCUCCAGUCGAUCCCGUCACCGAUCUCGCCGCCCUCACCGGGACGACAGAUAGAGGCGCCCCCGCCGUGCACGCAGGAAACGAAAGCUCUGUCGGUAUAUGACCGGUGGAUAUGUGGUGUUAAACUAAGCGACCUGCUUCUGAAAGAGGAGGAAAAUCCCUCAUCCGAGUCGCAGUUUGUGGCAGUAGGGUUCAUCACCGCCCUACCCAGCACCACUCACCAUAGGACGGUCACCUUAACCAAGGACGAUAAGCUCUAG